AUGCCUCUUGCUUCAACAACCACCCUCGCCCUCUAUCUUCUUCUCUUGCUUCCGAUUCUAUCUUCGGCAACACUAGAAGAAGAAUUUCACGAGGAGUUGCUUGUUAAACCCUUACCCGAUCGCAAAGUGCUAGCGCAUUUUCACUUCCUAACCGAAGCUCCUGUUGCGGACGAUUCCUUCGCUCGUCACCAUCAUCUCUUCCCCAAAUCCAUUUCUCAACUGGUUAAGAAAUUUCACAUUAAAGCGAUGGAGUUAUCUUUCACGCAAGGUCGAUGGAACUAUGAAAGAUGGGGUGGACUUGAUCCAAUAUCUAGCCAAAAUGCAAAGCCUCCUGGAGUUGAAUUGUGGGCAGUCUUUGAUGUCCCUCAACAUCAGGUUGAUGCAUCUUGGAAAAAUUUGACGCAUUCUCUAUCGGGUCUCUUCUGUGCUUCAAUAAACUUCCUAGAGUCAUCUAGCUCUUAUUCUGCUCCGAAAUGGGCGUCUCAGUCAGCAUUAGGUAGUUUAAGAUAUGGCACACUGCCGCGUGAAGCUGUCUGCACCGAGAAUCUUACUCCCUGGUUGAAACUCCUUCCUUGUAGAGAUAAAGCUGGACUAUCGGCCUUAAUGGAUAGACCAUCUGUUUACAGGAGUUUUUAUCAUUCACAGCGGUUGCACUUGACAGCAUCCACGGCUCCUGCUGAUGGGUUAGAUUCAGGGAUUAUUCUAGAACAAACACUUACGGUUGUACUACAGCCUAAUAUUCAGAAAGCUGGUUUGAGCUUUCCCGAUGAAUUUAAGAUUCAACCAAGCUGGUCUUUGAGCUCCAUAUUUGGACGAAAAGUGAAUGGAAGGUGUGUUCUUGCUAAAUCGAGUAAUGUCUACCUUCAUGUUGAGAGAGAUUUAGUCGCUCAACUUGAGAAGCUCCAGAAGAAUACUGAUGCAUAUGCUGAUAAUGACGGGGGUACAGAUGUUUUGAGAGGGAAUCUUGGCUUUGAAAUAUCUAUUAAACCGGAUAGGGUUCAUAGAGAACUGGAAAAGAGCUCAUCAAUUCUGUAUGAAUAUUCAAUCAAAGAGUACAACGACACUGAACAAUUUGAUUUAGGCCUAACAUGGAAAUAUCCAGUUGUUUGGUCCUGCCCACUUGCACCUUUAUAUGCCAGUAGAUUUUUAAUUGGAAGUGGAAAUGAAAGGGGCUCGAUUGCAAUAUCCUUGAAGUCUACAGAAUUGACUAAGGGUUUCGUUGUAGCCAAUAAUGUUGAAGAAAAGUAUGGAAAGCCUCAAUCAGUCACGGAUUUUGUUGAGAGAAUGAGUGUUUCGCCUUCGGAAGACAAAGUAUCAACAGGGAUGAUGGAGUUGAUCCUCAGAUUUCCUUGUGACAUUAAAUCUGCUAUAUUAAAUAUAGAGUUUGAUAAGGGCUUCUUGCAUAUUGAUGAAUACCCUCCUGAUGCUAAUCAGGGAUUUGAUAUUCCAUCAGCAAUAAUAAGCUUUCCUGACUUCCAUGCUGGUUUGCAAUUUUCCGAUGACUCUAUAAGCAAGUCACCAGUGAUGUCUAAAUUACAGGAAAAGAGCCCUGUUCUCUUAUACACAGAAGUUUUACUCGUACCCUUGACAACUCCUGAUUUCAGUAUGCCUUACAACGUCAUUACAAUUACUUGCACGGUUUUUGCAUUAUAUUUUGGAUCCUUGCUAAAUGUACUCCAAAGACGAGUUGCAGAGGAGGAAAGACUUUUGAAAGCAAACAAAGCUCCGUUCCAUCGACAAGUACUAAAUAAAUUAUACUCAAGGUUUCGGGGAGGAUCAUCAGAAUCCACUCAACCAAAACAACAAUCAUCAUCCUUCAUUACUCCUACAUUGAUUAUUAAGAUAAUAUUUGUUGCAGGAUUUGCUGUUGUAUGCCAAUUCUAUUUAAAAUGA